AUGAGCUUGAAUUUUAAAUGGCGUAAAAAGAAAAAUUUAGAUCCAGUUCAAGCUCUCUAUACAGAAGGAGAACAACUGGCAGAAUGGUUACUCGUUAAAUAUUGUGCAAUUGCAGUAUUAGAGAAUUCUAAUAAGCAUGACAAAAAUAUCCAAGAUUUGCAAACGAUCCUUUCAAAGAGUCAAUCCAUACAAACUAAACAAAUUCAGCAACUUAGUGAAGAUGAAGUUCAAUGGUUACGAAAUUCCAAAAGCAGUAUGGAAAACUAUAUAACAGAAAAUAUCCAGAAAAGCAUUAAAAUUCUUGAGGAUGAAAUUGUCAAUCUGAAUGAGUAUAGUCAAAACGGCAUAAAAACUAAGGAUAAUUUGAUAUAUCAACAAGAGGUUCGAUAUAUAAAUACCCUUAAUGCGGAAAAUGAAAAGCUAAAAAAUUAUUUGAUAGAAAAACGGGACCAAUGUGUAGAAUUAAAUAUGAAUAUUAUUAUUAAUGAAAAAUUGAUUCAAAAGCAGAAUAUAAAUACCAGUGGUUCUGAAUUUGAUGCAAAAGAAACGAUUGAAAAAUUAGAAAGCAGCAAUAAAAAUUUAAAUAAUGAGAAAAUAAACUUAAUAUCUAAUAUACGUAAAAUUGGAAAUUUUUCUAAUGAGGAACUUCACUAUCUUGGAACUGAAAAAAACAAAUUAAAGGAUUUUAUAAUUAACCAAUGUGAUAAUUUUGAAAUAUCAAUUCGCACAGAAGCUUUUAAUGCAACACUCAAUACUUUGCCCGAUGGUCGGCAACUUGUAAUGGAUAUUCAAAUUCUUCGUGAAGAAAAAGUAGUUCUUGAAAAUAAUUUAAAAGAAAAAUUUAAGGAACAAAUUGAACUUAAUCAACCCACACUAAAAGAAUUUAUGCAGAAGUAUGGAGCGUUCAAUGAUGAAAAAAAGAAAAUUGAAAAUGAAUUAACCGUAAUAAAAGACAAGAAUAAUAAUAUUAUAGAUCGGCAACGACGUCUUCAGAACCAAAUUAAUGAAUUAGAUAAAGAAAAUGAAGAUGAUUCAUCUAUAAAUAUUAUUAAUGGUGCACGUUAUCAAUUGAUUCAAACACUAAUAGAAAAUAUUAACGACCUCUAUAACCAAAAACGUGAUUUGAGAAAUUAUUUGAUGAGAAAAUAUGAUCUGCUUAUUCAAUUGGUGAAUUUAAACGAUGAACAUCCAGUUAUUGAAAAAUAUAUAGAAUAUCGCAAUAAAUUCGAGAGUUCUUCUCCUGAAAAAAAAUUUAUCUUACGCAAGACUAAUAAUAAUGAGGUCAUAAUCUCUUAUGGUGGAGAAUUUAUUGACGACACGUGUCACUUCCAAACCCUCUACAAAGAGAAAGGAGAUUUAAAAACUUAUUUGUGUACUCAACCUAGAAAGACUAUUGAUGAUUUCAAUUCUGAAAAGCAAAAAUUGGAAGAAAAAUUAGUCUACAUAAACGCAACCAAAAAGUAUCAGAAUCUCCAAAUUAAUAUUCAGUCACUUUAUAAAAAACUAUGCGAAUGGAAAUCCGAUUUGGUAAAUAGGUAUAAUCAACUUAUUAAACUAGAAAAAUUCAUUAAUGAUGAUUCUUUCAUAUAUACUAAGAGAGUCAAUGAACUCAUGGAAGCGAUUCAACCUUUCAACUAUGAUUUCGCAAAUGUAAAUCAACGUGAUAUAGAAAAUCUAAUUUAUGAUUGUGAACAAACCAUCGAUAAAUACCGUAAAGAAAUUUCGAAUAUUCAAGCUGAAAGAAAUUACAUUGUUACAACUAUAGAUAAUGUAAAAGUUCAAAUUGAAAGUGAUUUAAUUAAUAAGUAUAGGCAACUAGCUCAAUUAGAUGAAUUUAAAAAAUGGACGCUUGUUUCAAACGAGUAUCAUAAUAAUAUAAAAAAAAUCCAAGAAAUCCCUAACCUUAGUGAUACAAAUAAUAUCCCUCGCCCUAGUGAUACAAAUGAUAUGCAAAACAAUAUUGAUCGAAUUCGACAGCUAGAAACAAUUGUUUCAAACCUUGAAGGUGAUAUGAAAUCAAAAGAUGAAAAAAUAUGUGAAUUAAAAGGCGAAUUGGAGGCAAAAGAUAUAAGAAUACGUGAAUUAAUCGAAUUGAAUAGUUCUUUUAGAAAUGAAGCUGUUAAAUAUCCAUCAGAACUUAGGAAAGUAACAAAUUUCGAAUUUGGUGAUCAUGAUAGCAAUAACAUUGGGCAAUUAUCAAAUGAAAUCAAACAAUUAAAACAUGAUCUUGAAUUCUUUUGUACUUUAAGAAAAUCUAUUACUUCCAUCAAUGAACCAUAUAUGAGAAAUCUUUUGAUAAAAUACAAUUGCUCAGCAGAAGUUCUCGGAAAAAGCUAUAACAAAAACCUAUUAGAAGGUCUCUUGCAGCGUUAUAUUAUUGAAACAACCAUUUCUGAAGCGAUAAAUUAUCUUGAUACUGAUGAAUGGAGUAAUGAGGCUUGCUUGGAAGCAAAAAUAAAGUCAGUGACGAAUAGAUUACAAGAGUAUGCAACUGAACUUUCAACGCAUCGAUUUGGAACAGACAAAGCCUCUCGUGCAAUCCCUGCAAAAUUAUGUCAAAUGGUAUAUAAUCUUCUUAGCAGCAGAGGUUUUUCUAAGAAUAAAGAUGAACGUGAACAUCCAGUUAUCGAGCGUUUAACAAAGGAAAUUCUAAAUAUAAUGAAUAGCUGUCGUAAAAUAAAUGACCCUGUAAAGAACGAGAAAAUUGAAUCCAUGGCCAUCGAAAUCGUCCGACAAAUCAUUGUGAUUUUUCUUUUUCGAUUUAAAGUUCAAGAACCUACUAUUGAAUAUCUAUGGUUUGAAAGCAGAGAUAAAAUUGAACUUGAAUUUAUGGAAUUCUCAGUAGAUGAAGAUUUUAAAAACGCUGAAGAUUUAUGCUACAGCCUUUUUACCUUUUAUGUAUUUCUCGCAUCUCUCACAUUUCCUAUCCAAAGUUCUUCCAUGCAGGUGGCCAGUAAAGGCAGAGGUAUUCGUAAUCCUCACGGAUUACUUCCUCACAUGGUACCGACUAUAGUUCCAUGGGACUGGGAAGUCUAG